AUGAGCAGCCUGCAAGCCCGCAACUUCUUCCGCCCCAUCAUCUUCGUCGUUGUCACCAUCCUCGUCCUCGUAUUUUGGAACCGCAACGGCGCUCCUCGAGACACCAUGGCCGAACAAGAGAACCAGCCCACCGGCGCCGCCCUAGCCAACCUCGCCGUCCGCAUCCGUCAAACGUCUACCUCCCCUCCUACCCUGGCACUCUCGGUCACGAACAAUCACGACGCCCCGCUCACGAUUCUCCGGUGGAAAACUCCCCUCGAUCCGCUGGCCAUCCAGGUCGGACUCGUCUCCAUCACGCCUGGGGCAAGACUACCCACCAUCGAGCUGCGACGGGUUAUGCCGCCGCCACCGGAUGAUCUCAUCACCCUCCAGCCGGGCGAGCGCAGGGAGCAGCAGGUGGUCCUCAAGGAGCCCAUCGUGCCGCUCGACCAGCUCGGCAAGACGGCGCGCGUGGCGGUCAAGGGCAAGUGGCAAACUGUGUGGCCCACGACGGCGGACAAGCUAAGCAAGGAGACUAUUGAGAAGUUGCAGUUCGGCGAUGGUGUUCUAACGGGUGAAUUCGAGAGCGAGGCGGCUGAUGUUGUUCUUCGGUGA